AUGGAAAACUUUUCUUUUAUUUCAUAGUUUUCUUCAGCUAAGUAGGUAUUUGAUCACUAUUAAGCAAAGAAUGAUUAAAAUUAGUUAGAUGAUUCUCAGACAUUAAAUAUUUCAAAGCAUAAUAAUCCUGAGGAUUAGGUAGAUUUAGAGCAAAAUAUUUUAGAAAAGGCAUAAUAAUUAUUCAAUCAGAAUGACUAUAAAACAGCGCAGAUUUAUUUCAAUUAAAUAGUUUAAGAAGAUAGCAAAAAUGUGUAGGCAAUAUAAAAUUUAGCUUUAUGUAAUUUUUAUCUAAAAAACUAUGAUGAAGGCAUCCUAUUGAUGCAAAAAGCGAUAGAAAUGUAGCCCGAUUAUAUUGAUAAGCUUUAUUAUUAUUUAGGAUGCGCUUAUUGUGACUAAAAACAUUACAUGCAGGGAUUGGUCUAUCUUGAAAAAGCGAUGACUUAAAAUCAAAAUAAUCAAGAUGCUAUUUUCAUGCUUGGAAACACUUAUUAAAAUAUUAGCUGCUUAUAAAUAGCCUAAAAUUAUUAUAAAAAGCUCAUUGAAAUUGAUUCUAGCAAUUAAAAAGCACAUUUUUAAAUGGGUGAGACUCAUUUUAAGAUGCAAAAUUAUAAAGAUGCCAGUGAAGCCUAUAAGAAAGCUUGCAAAAUAAAUCCAGAAAAUUAUUAUUUUUAUUUAAAGCUAGGAACUUCUCAGUAUAAAGAGCAAAAUUUAGAGGAAGCUCUUAAGAGCUUGCAAUAAGCAGUUGUCUUAAAUAAUAAAUUUGCUAAAAUAGGCAGUAUUUUUUACAAGCUAAUAGAAGCACUUGUAGAAUAAAACCAUCUUGAAAAAUGCAUUUAAUAUUACUUGAAAAUGUUUGCUUUAAACCCUAAAAAUGCCUCUUCAUAUUUUGUUCUUGGAGAUAUUUGCAUCUAAGAAAAAUAAAUUCAAACUGCAAAGUUAUUUUUUGAAGAAAGCGUCAAGUUAGAUGCUAGUUUUUUAGAUGGAAUCAAAGCUCUUGGUAAACUCUAUUUUGAGACAAAUGAAUUUGAUUAAGCCAUAAAAGUUUUUGAGAAAGGUCUUUUAAUUGAUUAGAAUGAAGUUGAUAUCAUUUAUGAUAUUGGUUGCUGCUUGUUUGAAUUGGAUAAAAUUUAAGAAGCCACUGAGUAGUUUAGGAAAGCUUUCCGUUUAAAUACUAUAAGUUAUGAGGAUGUUGAUGGAAGUAUGGUAAAUAAAGGUAUUUAGCUUCAAAAAUCAAAAGAAAAUAUAAAAUACUCACUAGAAUAUUUUAAUUUUGCAAUUUUAAUUAACUCUAAUAAUGCUGAAGCAUUCUAUCAAAAAGGUUUAUUAUAUGAAUGUACUUGCAAUUUGGAGAAGGCAAAAGAACAUUUUGAAAAAGCACUCUAAAUUUAUCCAUAGAAUAGCAAGUAUGCUGCAAAAGUAGAUUUAUUCGCAUAGCUUGAAAAAGAAGAAAGAAAGGCAAAAGAAGCACGAGUUAUUGAUUGCAAGGAACUUAUAAAGGAGGCCAAAUAGUUAUUUACAAAUAAAGAAUACUAAAAAUGCAUUGAAGUCUUAUAAAAAAUAUCUUCUGUUAGUGAUAAUUUCCCAAAAGUAAACGAAAUGCUUGGAUAUUCUUAUGAACAAAUAGGAGAGAAUGAAAAGGCUUCAUAACACUAUAUGAAAGCUUUAUAAUUAAAUCCUAAUGACUAGACACUUCUAUUUAAUUUAGGAAAUUGUUUAUUUAAUCUAGAAAAGUAUGACGAAGCUAUUGAAAAAUAUAAUAUUCUCAUACAUCUCAACUAGAAUAAGCCCUAUGCGUAUGAAAAUUUAGCUGCAUGCUACUAUGAGAAGAAAUAAUACCAAGAGUCUAUUUAAUUUUAUUAAAAGGCUUUAGAGUAUAAUAAAGUAGAUCCUCUCACUAACUAUGGAUUAGGUAAAGCAUUUUACUCAAAUAACUAGUACGAAGAAGCAUUGAAGUGCUUUUAAAUUACUCUCAGUGCUGAUCAUGAAAAUCCUAGUUGCUACACAAAAUUGGCAAACACGAUUACUAUGCUGAAAAGUGAUAGUUUGGUAGGGAAAAUAUUUAAAAAGAAUUAAAUUUACACAAAGGAUGAGAAAUCUAGGAUGCUUUCUUUGAUGGCAGGCGUUUUGUAUGAAAUGAAGCAAUAUUAGAAAUCCAUAGAAAAAUGUGAGUAAGCAAUCAAUUUAGACUCUAAAAAUUUUAAUGCCUACUUAAUCAAAGCAGCCUCACUAAAGGAGUUGUGUGAUUUUGUUCAUUCUUUAAACUAAUUUGAGGAAGCCAUAAAAAUAAAUCCAAAUGAUCCCGACUGCUACUACUUCUAUGGACAAACUCUCGAAGCUGCCAAUCUUCACAUGAAAGCACUAGAAAAAUAUGACAAAUCAAUAAUGCUGGCCUCUUAAACUGCUUCAGAUGAAAAAAGCUUCAGUAACUUGAAAUAGUUUUAGGCAGCAAAACAAUGUAUGGAAAAUGUGAUGAUAAGAUAUCCUUAAUUUUAAAACUACUUCAAUGAAAUAGGAAACAAUCUUUUUGAGAAAAAUGAUUUCCAUGGAGCUAUAGAAUGUUAUAAAUAAGAGCUUAGAUACAAUUCUAACGACUAUGCUGCUAUUUACAACAUGGGUUUAUGCUAUAAAAAUAUUCAAAAAAUUAACGAUGCCAUAGAAUGUUUUUAGAAAAAUAUUAUUAAUAAGCACAGAGAAUCUUGCCUCUAAAUGAGUAAGUCAACCAAAAUAGAUUAUUAAUUUGUAGAAAAGCUGAAAUUAGUUAGCGUUUCUUCAAUGCAAGAUUUAUAAUCUCUCAUUAAACUAGAGCUUCUCAACAAAGAAAACUUAGAUCUGAGCACUCCUCUCGAAAAAUAGCCUCUUAUUAGGUUAGUUUCUUAAGUUUAAUAAAUUGUAGCAAAAAAAGCAGCUAAUUAUGAAGAUGAUAUCAUGAAGCUUGGAUAGCUGAAUAGACUUGAUGAUUUAAGCAAAGUCUAUAAAAUUUUAUUACUCACAGGGUUAGAAGAAAACUCUAUCGUAGUUAAUGUGAAACCAGAGUUAAUGCUAGUUUUAAUAGGCUAACAGUUGAUAUUUUUCAAUAAUUCAGUUAACCUUUUUUAUAGCCCACUCAAACUUUUUGACAAUAUCAUUCCCCACUUAAAAAAUAAUUUAAAAGAUGUUGAGUCCUUCUUGAAGCUCGGAAAUGGAGGAAUUACAGCUUUUAAAUAAUAACCAAUAUUUCCUUAAGAAAUAAACUUCCUGAAGGCAAUAAUUAGUUAAUGUUUGAGCAAAUUUAAAAAUAGUUGGAGAUAUAUCUCUCUCUGCAUGAACUUUAAAAUCUCAACAGUUUACAAAAUUCAUUUCUUUUAAUCAAUAUUUAGAUAAAAGAGCUUUAAACCCUUCCUUUAAAUACAGAAAAUAGAAAACAUUUUUACAAAUUAAUCUACAAACGUCCAAAAGAUUAACCUCAGAGUAGACAAUUCUACAUAGGAUAAAAACAUUAUUUUAAAAACUUUAAAGUCGAAAAAUUUUGAUGAAGCUGUAAAAGAGUAUACAUUCUAAAAUUGCAUAACACAUCGAAAUAUACAUUCCUCUUACUUUUUUUAAUGGAACGAAGAUUAAAAUAAUGCUUCUAUAACUUAGCCUUUGAAGGAGAGAAAUCUCUACACUAUUGACCAGCUGACGUACUAACAGUUUUUAUCUAUCAUGCUAGAUUGCUGUGAAGGUCUGUAACAACUCACUUUUUACAACAUAGUUCAUGCAGAUAUUAAACCUCAGAACAUCUUUUAUGAUAAUUAGAGAGCUCAAAUAGCUGAUUUUGGCUCAUGCAUAGUCUCGAACACUCAAAACAAUGAAUACACUCCAACUUUCUGCUCUCCAGAAUCAGAGUCUUUUGAAAGUGGCUAAAGAAUCACAACAUCUUCUGAUAUUUACAGUCUUGGUAAGACCUUUUAGUUUAUUGCUGAAAAAUUCAAGUUACCUUGCUCUGGAUCUAUUCAAGCGAUGAUCUUGAUGAUGACAGAAAAAGAACCAACUAGAAGAAUCAGAGUUCAUGAAUAAAUUAAAAUCAUUUAAUGCGAAAUAUUUGUUGAAUUUUUAUAUUAAUGUCUUGGUAAAGAAAUGAGUCUCUAAAGAUUUUAUGAAGAGAUUUCUUACAUAAUAGAAAUGCGUAAAAAAAAAUUAAGCACUAGUGACAUGAUUGUAGAUAUAAUUGUGAACGUAGAUAAAGUGAAAUAGCUUAUUGAAAAAAAUAAGCUUUUUGUAAGAAGUUUAUUUAACCAAAAAUAUCUUUAUGUAUUUUUAGUUAUUAUGAGCUGCAACGAUGUAAGUGAAAAAGAUUUACAAAUUAAAUAAAAAAUUGACCAAUUAAAGGAAGAUUUUGAAUAAGAAGCAGUUGAAAUUGAGCAGUCAGCAAUUAAUUUUUUAUCACAAAUCUAAUUGCUUUCACCUUAAGAAUAAUAUCUAGAAUAUCUGUUAAACUUUAACUAUGAAAAAUUCAUUCAAACUAUUGCUUUCUUUGAUAACAUUAAUUUCGAAUAAGCUUAUCUGUUGUCUAUUUACCUUAUCUGGAAAACUAAUCUGUUUAACAUAAGUAUCCCAGAAAAUAUUACAAAAGAAUUGCAAGAAAUAGAUUUUAUGAAACUCUUUAAAAGCUUCUACAAGUAAGAUAAAUAAAAGUAUGUAAAUGACAUAAAGAGACAAAAAUAAAUUAGUUCUUAGUUAAUUGAUGGAAUAUUUAAUACAUAAGAAAUACAAAACCAAUAUAAAGCUAAGUACGAAGAUAUAAUUUAAAUAGAGUAGACUAAAUUAUUAGAAUAAAUUCAAAACUAACAAAAUAAUAACAACAUCCUAGACCAAUACAGUGAAACAGAUGAUGAAGUAGAAUUGGAAUCAAUCAAUAGUCUUUCUGCAGCAAUGUCUUCAUAUAAGGACUCUUACAGGUAUCCAGGCCCAUUAAGUUGUGAAAAAAUAUUAGAAGAAGGUAGCGAAUCCUAAGGCGCUGCUACUUCUAAAUCAUUCUUUUAGUAUUCUGUUAGAAUUUCACAUAAAACUGAUUUAAAAUCUUCAAAAAGCUAGCACUUUGAUGAUAACUUAGAUUCAGAAGAUUCAGAAUCUGUAAGAAGUUUACCAGCAAUAAAUAUAGAUGAAGAAUCUCUCAACAAUGAUUUAACUGUAAGAAAAGGAAAAACAAAUAAUUGA